CUUGAACUUAAAAAAACACGCACCCAAACCCCCUCUCCCUCUCUCUCAUUCUUGCGUGGAGAGAAGAACCCUUUAUGUAUGAAAAGUCAGCGACUCUGUUGAUCAUUCUCUCCCUCUCCUCUCUCUAUCUCUCUCUCUGUUUUUUUUUUUUUAAAUUAAAUCCUUUUUUGUUUGUUCUUCAAAUCAAGAAGAAGCACUACAACAAAGAAACACCCGGUUCAGUUUCAAGCUUCAAAAACCUAUCUUGUUUUCUUGCUUGCUUUCAUGUCUUAACCAAAAGCCUUGAUCCUUGUAGCUAAACUAGAUUUUGCAUGUUUUGUUUUGUUUUAUGUUUUUAACGUUUUGUGUGGUGUAAGAAACACAAUCCCACACCAAACAAUACUGUUCUCUAGCUAUCCCUCUUCAUAAAUGACCCUUUACCAUCGUUCUUCUCUUAUUCUUUGAUUCCACGCUAGUAUAUGCAGGUUUUUUGGCCUCAAAAUGGAUAAUUAUCAAGGUGAUUUAACAGAUAUUCUUCGAGCUAGUGGUGGAGCUUUAGGCCAAGCAGAUGUUCCUGUUUCAAACUGGGAAUUCCCUUUUGAUCCAUCAUCCACUAUGGGAGAGAGUAGAGGUAAUCUUUUUGGUGAUCCUUUUUGCAACAUGAGAGAUCCCCUUCUUCAUGAGCUUAACGUUGCUGCUGGUUCAAGCUAUUUUAGCAGCCAAAAUUCAGCAGAUCAUGUGUUGGGUGCCACUAGUGUUGAUCAUGAUCACACUAGUAGUUUUGUUGGUGCAAAUAAUGCUAUUACUAGUUCUAGUAGCAGUAUUCUUGCUCAUCAAAGAGUGUUUGAAGAUCACGAGAUCCAUAAGGCUGCUACUCCUCCUCCUGCUCCUUGCAAUAUAUUUUCAAGAAUUCAGAUCUCACCAAAUAAUCCACCAAAGCUGCCUGUUUCGCCGUGUAAUUCUCCGGUUAUAGCUACCGGUUCUUCGCCGAGAGGGUUUAAGCCUUCUGCUAUGGUUUCAAGUGAUAUAAUUAAUGUUAAUAACUCAAAAGGUUGCUUGAUGGAGAACACUGGACAAGUGCAGAUCUCAUCUCCAAGGAACAUGGGGAUCAAGAGAAGGAAGAGUCAGGCAAAGAAGGUGGUUUGUAUUCCAGCACCAGCAGCUGCAAACAGUAGGCCUGGUGGAGAAGUAGUUCCAUCUGACUUAUGGGCAUGGAGAAAAUAUGGACAAAAACCCAUCAAGGGUUCUCCUUAUCCAAGGGGUUACUAUAGAUGCAGCAGCUCUAAGGGUUGCUCAGCAAGGAAACAAGUAGAGCGGAGCCGAACUGAUCCUAACAUGUUGGUGAUCACCUACACUUCUGAGCACAACCAUCCAUGGCCAACUCAGAGAAAUGCACUAGCUGGCUCAACAAGGUCCCAGCCACUAAAGAGCACAGCAGCUUCAAAGAGCCCCACAGGUUCUCAAUCACAAAAAAGAGGAAAUACAAAAGAAGAACAGAAGGAGAGCAGCAAUGAUACAUUGUCUCCUGCCAAUAUUAUUGGUGGUAGGUCAACAGCAAGUGCAUCUGUCAAAGAGGAGUUUGAUGACAUUGACAAGCAAAUGGAGAUGGAUGAUACUGAUUUCAGCGAAGGGUUUUCUCACAGUUACAAGCCAUCAAUGCCAAAUCAAUCUGAUCAAGACUUCUUUGCUGAACUGGGAGAAAUAGAUGCUGACCCUCUUGACCUCUUGUUUACACAAGAAUUCAAUGGAGAUGAGCUGAAAGAAAGUAAGGACUUGGAUCCAUUCAGUAUCUUUGAUUGGUCUGGGGACCCAAACACUACAUUUGGAGAAGCAAAGAAGGGUUUAUAACAAGACCUUGAAACAACAAUGCCAUUUCCCAUCUAAAAACAUAGUCUGUUGUUGAGUAUUUGUGGCACUACAAUGCAUUCAAGGUCCUGCUAUAAACCUUUGUCAUUCAGCUUUGAGAUUUCAUGUGGGGAGGAGAUUUUUUCUUUCUUUCCUACUUUCUUCUUCCUUUGUUUCUUGUUAUUUACCAGAACAGCCAGGAAAAUUAGCUAGGGAAAGAGAGAGUAAAAAGACAGUGCUGCUGGUCGAUUGGGAGCAGACCUAAUGAGUCCCGCACUCCUUUUGGAAUAUUGGUGGAUGGGACAGAAAGCUGAGGAACAGAAGUUUCAACAGUUAAAAUAAGUACAUCCAUCAGACAUGACUGGAAAGCUCAAUGAAGAGAUUUAUACAAGAUGGGACUUACCAUUUCAUCUUUUGAAGCGGAG